AUGCACAAGCAAAGGACAAACCCAGGCGCCCCGAACCAGGACAUCUACGAGUUUCCCUCCGACGAGGAGGAUUCCAGAGUGUUCCUUAAAGCCAGAGCUAGGGAGGUGGUCUCCCCUUUAAGUGACUAUAUCCAUAAGGAGCAUGAAAAUGGGGGUCUGUUCUCCCUGCCCCAGUUCUUGACCCAGCAUGCAGUGGGGGCGUCGGCCGCCAUGCAGCGGAAGAAGCGCAGGAGAUGUGGUGCAUGUGGGCCGUGCAUGCGUAAAGAGAACUGCGGAACAUGUGGGAACUGUCUGAACCGCAAAGUUGGCCAUCAGAUCUGCAAACUGCGCAAAUGUGAGGAACUGAAGAAGAAGAAAACAGCAUGGGAGGAGAAUUAUAUUGAAGACGGUAUAAAAGCUUGUUCCUUCACCCAGAAUCUGGCAGAAGAGACUGUUUUGGGAGUGAGUUCGGUGGAUGGCCCCAGAGGUAGAGGCCAGAUGGAAAUUGGGUCCCCUGACCGCCUGGAGGAAGGCGUGUUGAACCAGAAACCAACCAACGGGCAUGUUGGAGACACAGAGGCCAUCAGAGGAAAAGGUGAAAAUGUGGUAACGGAGCAGCAGCGGGGUAUAGGAUGUCUUCCUUUGGCACAAGGUUGGACCCCGGGGCACAGCAAGGUCACCACAGAACACCAGCAAACUGGUUGGAGUGGCCAGGCUGCUGGUCGCAUGGUGAACGAUGUCAGUAUGGAGGAUGUCCAAAAUCUGAUGGCGUUCUCAGACAGUGCAAGCUCCCUGCAACUGUCCAAUCCCCCUACACUGCAGAACCCCACAACCCAGCUGUAUGAGAAGUUUAAUCAGGAGAUGAGUGGCAACCGCCAAGGGGAGGAGUCAAAGUUCUCAGGAUGGAAUGCGGAAGGUGAACAUUGUCCCCCUGAAGAUCUGAACACGCUUCAGAGAGCUUUAACCCAGGCUCGGCAUGGCCACAAGCCACCCAACUGUGACUGCGAUGGCCCAGAUUGCCCUGACUACCUGGAGUGGUUGGAGAAGAAGAUCAAACUGGCUUCUGACAGCCAGGAUAAGGGCCCAUGCAAGAUGCCCAGUGCACCACAUGUACACCAGCAGCAAAAUCCAUCCCAUCCUUCCCCCCUGCCCAAUGGCGCAAACCUAUCAUGUGGUCCAGACUCAUGUCGGCAGCGUCCUAAUGCCCAACCUCUUCCCCCCAUCCCUUGUUCUCCUAGUGUGCUAUCUAUUGCAAAGGAGAGGAAUGUCAGCCUGCAAACAGCAAUUGCCAUUGAGGCUCUUACACAACUCUCUGCCACUUUCCCACAAACCGUGGUGCCUCCUGCUGAGGCAACAUCAACUAAUCACCCUCAUCACCAGCUGCCAUCCCACCCCCAGAAUGGCACCCGGCUGGUUCCUCCCUCUCCCAGUCCUGUAACCUCCUCCUCCUCCUCCCCUAUGCCACAGUCAUUUUCUUCUGGAAUCUUCCCUCCACAGGACCCAGUAUCCUGGGAGCAGCACCGGCCCCAGGCUCAUUCUCAGGGGGAGGCCUCUGCACCUCAUGUGUUGUCUAACUCAACACACCAUUCAUCCCCUUACCCGUCCUCUAACUCCCCAUUUGCAAGCCCUUAUCCCUCUACUGGGAGUCCCCAUCCCCAGCAGUGGGCACAGGCCUCUGGAGCUGGUUGUGGGACGAGCUCCUCCAGAAACCCAUGGAUGAUGGCGAACUCUGAGUCUCCAGCCCAUUUCGCACAUCCGUCCCCCAAAAGUAGCACCGACCCCAUGUCCGAGCUGAAACAACUUCUGGGAGACACCAGUGGAAAGUACACAAAUCCUGUUUUCAAGCUCCCAGCCCCUCACCACAAUGUGAAGGAUAAAGGUGGUCCUGUAGGGAUGCCUCACAUUAAGCAGGAAGUGGACACAGGGGAGUACCCAGGCUUAGGCAGGUAUGGGACAAUGAAUGGCCCACAACAACAUUUUGCUGAUCAGCCUCUUUCACCAGGCACAGCAUCAAUCCGUCACUCAACUCAGGCAGCACUGCAGCAGCACCUUCACCACAAACGAAACCUCUUCUCUAGUCCUGCAGCACUCACCCCACGACAGCCAAUGGCUGGUCAGAACCUGCGAAAGUGGUGGCCUCAGAUGAUUCCAGAGGGUCCUAUCACCAUAAAGCAGGAGCCCAAAGAACCCAAGAAGAAGAGAAACACCCAGAGUUCACCUCUCCUCAAACACCCAGUGGGCGACCCUUCAUGUCCACUGGGCCCACCCAUACCCAAACCAAAACAGAUCAUCAUUAAAAAGACCAAGCAGAAGGCAUCUCAACCUAUCUUCCUCCCACAAAACCAGAUCACCAUCCAGAAGCUCAAUACCAGCCCACCAGUGAGUGCACCAACUCUUCCCUUGACCACUCCACCUCUACCAGGCAUGGAGGCCAGCCCUCUCUCCUCCAUGCCCCUAAAUUCUCCCCUCAAAGUGGAUGCGGGUCAGGUGGGCUCAGAACAAUCUCAGGAAUCCAUAUUGAAUAGCAGUAGUGUAACCUCCACUUCUUCCAACAUCUCUGGAAGCACUCCACACAUCUCCACCUCUCUGAACAUCCAGGCACCCAACACUCAGGCUGCUAAGGAUGAUCUGGCCACCUCAGACCCCGCGGGGUCAUUAGAGAGCACCCUUCAGACCUCCCCACUUCAACCCACGCCCUCUCUUACAGGCUUUAGCUCCCUGGAUCCCAAAUUAGAGGAGCUAAUCCGCCAGUUUGACCAGUUUGAGGAGGAAUUCACUGAACCCUCAUCAUCAGCUACAGCUCCCGGGCCACAAAUGCUGGGCCAGGAUCAGGCCCCUGCUCAGUUUGAGGUGAUCGAGUCUCUACCAAACUCUAACUCAGGACAAGCCAGACCUGUGUCACCAUCCACUGAGCAGCCUAGAACUUCCCCUGCCGCCCCUGUUAUCAACCAGGAGCCCAUGGAACAGGUGCAAGAAGUGGAAAAAUCAGGAGGAGAAGCAAGAGAAAACCAAGAACUCUCAACCCCCUCUGUAAGUCAGGCGAGUGUGCAGCAUGAGACCAAUGACAUGGCUGCGGGCCAGCUCCAGUAUGUAUCACAGGAGGCCUUGCUGGAACAGCAGCAACAUCGUAUCUUGGAGGAUCCCUUCACCACUCCCUGUCCUUCUCCACCCAAACGCGUGAAGAUUGAGUCAUCUGGAGGCGUUACAGUGCUCUCCACCUCUGCCUGCUUUUCUACAGAUGGUGAAGAAGGCACCACACCAAUAAAGGAAGGCCCACCCUCUACCCCCUCUCUCAGAGGUUUCCUGGAGUCCCCAUUGCGCUACCUGGACACACCCACCAAGAAUCUUCUGGAUACCCCAGCCAAGGAUGCGCAGGCUGAGUUCCCCACCUGCGACUGUGUGGAGCAUAUCCUAGAGAAGGAUGAAGGUCCAUAUUACAACCAUCUGGGGUCAGGACCCACUGUAGCCUCCAUCAGAGAAUUAAUGGAGGAAAGGUUUGGAGAGAAAGGGGAGGCUAUUCGAAUUGAAAAGGUGGUUUUCACAGGCAGGGAAGGGAAAAGCUCUCAGGGCUGCCCUAUUGCAAAAUGGGUGAUCCGUCGAGGCAGCGAGACAGAAAAGUUGUUGUGUUUGGUGCGUCACCGUGCCGGGCACCACUGUGCCAAUGCAGUUAUCAUCGUUGUCAUCCUUGCCUGGGAGGGUGUGCCUCGUGCACUCGGGGACAAGCUAUACCAUGAGCUCUCUGACAUCCUCACCAAAUAUGGCAACCCCACCAGCCGGCGCUGCGGACUGAAUGAGGAUCGUACCUGUGCAUGCCAAGGGAAGGACCCUGAAACCUGUGGUGCUUCAUUCUCCUUUGGUUGCUCUUGGAGCAUGUAUUUCAAUGGCUGUAAAUAUGCUCGCAGCAAGACCCCACGCAAGUUCCGUCUGCAGGGAGACCACCCCAAAGAGGAGGAGAAUCUCAGGGAUAACUUCCAGAAUCUUGCCACCCACGUGGCUCCUCUCUAUAAAAGGCUAGCCCCACAGGCAUACAGUAACCAGUGUUUGAAUGAAAAGGUGGCAAGUGAUUGCCGGCUGGGUUUGAAGGAGGGACGACCAUUUUCUGGUGUUACAGCCUGCAUGGAUUUCUGUGCUCAUGCCCACAAAGACCAGCAUAACCUUUACAAUGGAUGCACUGUGGUGUGCACUCUGACAAAGGAGGACAAUCGUGUAGUGGGCCAGAUUCCUGAGGAUGAGCAGCUCCAUGUUCUUCCACUCUAUAAGAUCUCAACGACAGAUGAGUUUGGCAGUGAAGAGAACCAGCAGCGCAAGAUGGAGACGGGAGCCAUCCAGGUCCUCAACAGCUUUCGCAGAGAGGUCCGAAAGCUUCCUGAGCCUGCCAAAUCGUGCCGCCAGCGCAGGCUUGAGGCCAAGAAGGCUGCCUCUGAGAGAAAGAAGGGCCUCAAAGCGUCCAUUGGGGAAACACCCGAGAAGAUCAUAAAGACAGAGAGUAGGCUUACUGGAUCUCCCUACCCUCAACAUGGCAAUAAAGUUGUCCCAAAACAAGAGGUGAAGCCCACCAUCAAAAAAGAGCCAAUCAAUCAUUUCCCUCCUUUCAAUGGGGCCCUGGGGGGAUACCAAGCCCUUGGCAAUGGCAAGGUUGCAGACCCCUAUGGCACCAACGGCAUCUGUCCUCACCCCGGGUACUAUGCAAGAGGUGGUCUUCCUUCCAACGGCCAGCCUCCUGCGCCAGGGAUCAUAAAUGGCUUCCACCCCAAUCUUCCGACACUGCCGUAUGGCUACACCCCAAAUGCACUUUUGCCUCCUGAUAUCCUUGCCUAUGAAGGACACAAUGGAACUUGGCCAAAGAUGGCAGCGGCAGCAGCGGCCACUUUUGACCAGAAGCCGGAUGUCCAGGUUCUCCAAGCCAGGUUGGCACAGGCAUAUCCUGAUCACUCUGGGCAGCAGUCGGCCAACACAUUCAAUCAUGGGUACCCUUCCAAACAACGAGCUCUCUCGGCACCACCACCAAGCCGCACCCCCACAACGCCACUGGAACAGACACACAGAGCUACGCCUAUCAUUAAGCAGGAGCCCAUGGAUGUCCCAUUGUACAAACAUCUACCGGAUGGGCAGAGCCUGAGCCGCUCCAGCACACCCAGUACUACCCCCCAGCCUGAUGCCUGGCCUGGACACAAACCCAAUGGUACACUGACACCCAAACCCUGGGACAGCGCCAUUCGCUCAGGCAAUGCAGAUUCCCCAUUCACUCCAGACAAACAGAGAUUCCACCAGCAGCAUGCACACCAACCUCUCCACCCUUACCCUCAGCAGCAGCAGCAGCAGCAGCAACAGUGGGACUCCAUCCCCACUGCAGUCACACCCAGAGCAUCUCCAGCCCCAUCGCCAUCCCCUUCCCUCAAAGCAGCUGCAUCCCCUCAUCCCACCACUCCCCGCCACUGGGAUAGCCCAUCUCCCAGUCCACAACCCAAAGCUUGGGGUAUGGCUCAUGCUGGAUACAGUCCCAGCCCAAGGCAUUCUAACCCAGGGGCUUUCCCCGACAAGAUGCUAUCCAGUGCGGGUGAAAGCCGAGGCUCGACCCCUCUGGGGCUUCAGGAGAGGGCCUGGAAGUGUGGUGGCAGAUCAGCAGCAGAUAGCACACCAUCGGCUGCUCCUGAGGGGCGUCUUUUCCCUGAUGCACUGCAGAGGUCAGAUGGGCAAACAUGCUGGGAUACCUGCAAGGCUGAGAGUGAGGUGGAGAGCCAGGGUGAACGGGACCCAGAGGAUGAGGAAGUAUGGUCCGACAGUGAGCACAACUUCCUUGAUCCCAACAUCGGAGGGGUGGCAGUGGCGCCUGCUCAUGGUUCUGUCCUCAUUGAAUGUGCUCGGCGUGAGCUGCAUGCUACCACACCACUCAAGAAGCCCAACCGGUGCCACCCAAGCCGCAUCUCCCUCGUUUUCUACCAGCACAAGAACCUGAGCCAGCCAUGCCAUGGCCUUGCUCUCUGGGAGGCUAAGAUGAAGCUGCUGGCGGAAAGGGCAAGACAGCGACAGCAAGAAGCGGCUUUGCUUGGACUCCCGCAGGAUGAUAUCAAGGCUUAUGGCAAAAAACGCAAGUGGGCGUCCAGUGCGGCCAGCCCCGGACCAGGACAAUGCAAGGACAAGAGGGAAGGAGUAGUGACACGUCUAGCACCGACACAACACACCACCACCAUGGUCACUGUGUCACCUUUCGCCUUCACUCAGCUCACCGGACACUACAGCCGCUUCCUGUGAGCUCCAGGAGAAAGCCUCCCUCCCCCCGACCCCU